UGCGCGUCACCUAGCUGUGAACCUAGCCUCAGGUGCUAGCUGCCUCCUGUGAUGGAGCUCCGGUGAAGUUUCUUCGACAAAGUUUCACUGAACAACUUCGACAAACACGUUUCCUCACACAAGCGCGACGCAGAGACAGGAAACCCUCAGGUUCGGUCGCCAUUUUGUGUUUCUGUUUUACCGCGAACUCACCUGUAGUCGCCUCCUGAGGGGGACGAGCCUGUGCUAAACGAGGACAGGAGACCGUCCCACGUUAUGUGUGGAGCUGUGGACUCACUCUUUAUCGAGUUUGUUUUAUUUCAAGGGACAAACUACUUUGAAAUCACUUCUCAGUCGGAUUAAAAGUCAAGACCAUCUCAGUCUCCACCACGAAGACGUCAAAGCUGGAUGCUUGGUGAAGCACGGUGCUGAAGAUGGUUAGAACGCGCUUAAUGGGGCCACUGUCAUGGGGGCGGGUCAAAUGGCCAAGUGCAAUGGGAACGGGUGUCUUUUAUCUGCUGCUGCUAUCAACCUGCCUUGGCCAAGACACAGAAGAUUGGCAAUAUGAGGAAUGUAAACUGUCUCGGUCGGGUCCUCCUGCCACCAUCGUUGCCAUAGAUGAAGAGAGCCCCAACGGAACCUUGUUGGUGGAGAACAUGCAGAUAAAUGGCGUGGCCGAGGGUCCGGAUCGUACCAUCUCUCUUUCCCUAAGGGACAACCACGACUACUGGGUGAUUCUCGACCCUUCCAAGCAAGCCCUUUAUCUCAACAGCACUGGACGCCUUCUGGAUAGAGAUCCCCCCUCAUAUAUUCAGUCCAUCGUGGUUCAGGUUCAAUGUACCAACGAGCUGAUCGGCACCGUGAUUUUACACGAGGUCCGCAUCGUCGUUCGAGACCGCAACGACAAUGCUCCGCGAUUCCAGCAGCCGAGAUACUACGUGGCUGUGAGCGAGUUGACACCAGUUGGAACCACGAUCUUCUCUGGUUUCUGGGGGAACAACGGGGCAGCGGACAUCGACGACGGCCCCAACGGACAGAUAGAGUAUACGAUCCAGUACAACCCAAAAGACCCGACAGCCAACAGGACCUUCGACAUCCCGCUGACACUGUUUGGCUCUGUGGUCCUAAGAGAAAGACUCAACUACGAGGAGAUAACACGGUACCUGGUCAUCAUACAGGCUAACGACCGGGCCCCCUACCCUAGCGAGCGCCGCACGGCCACCACCACUCUGACAGUGGAUGUGCUGGAUGGUGACGACUUGGGUCCCAUGUUUCUGCCCUGCACGCUCGUGGGAAACACCCGUGACUGCAGUCCCAUCACGUACAAGACUAACGUGCUGGAGCUGACAGAGCCGAAUAAGGUGAAUCCUCUCAACGUGACUCCACCAAUUCAAGCUGUGGACCAAGACAGAAACAUCCAACCUCCGUCCGAAAGACCAGGAAUCUUAUACUCCAUCCUCAUUGAACAGAACAAUGGCCACCCCCUGCCAGCGUUUGCCAACCUCCAAAUCGAAGUUCUGGAUGAAAACAACCAGGCACCCUACUUCCUGGAAACAAGUUACCAUGGCUACGUCAGUGAAGCAUCGCCAGUGGGAACCACCAUAGCGACCAGUGUCAGCCUGUCCGCACCACUGGCCAUCAUAGCUCUGGAUAAUGAUGUGGAGGAGACCAGGGACCCUCAGCUCCUGUUCUCAUUGGACAGCUACUCCAACGUUUUCUCUGUGUCUGCAACUGGAAUCAGAAGAUAUCUCACACUGCUGCAGCCACUGGACAGAGAGACACAAGACUUCUAUACAUUCACGCUGUUAGCGUCGGACGGUGUCCAGCAGAGUUUUCCGGUUACCGUGACGAUAACAGUGUUGGACGCAAAUGACAACACUCCGACUUUCGCUAACGUCUCUUAUAAUGUCAACCUCUUUACUGAUAUGAUGCCUGGAGAAACGGUGUUACAGCUGUCCGCAGUAGAUUCUGAUUCAGGUCCCAAUGGUCUAGUCACCUACCGGAUCUUAGCUGGAGCCCAGGAGCACUUCAUUAUUGGAAACAGCACUGGGCUCAUUAGUGUGGCACCGGGUGUUGAUCUCGCUGUGGGGCGGAGCUACGCGUUGACUGUAGAGGCCGUGGACAACGGGCCUGCACCUCAGAGAAGGUCGUCCAUUACCACCGUCUAUAUCGAAGUUUUGCCCCCAAACAACCAGAGCCCUCCGCGUUUCCCCCUGCAGCAGUACAACCUGGAGAUCAGCGAAGCCAUGAGGACGGGAGCGACGCUGCUUAAUCUGCAGGCAGUGGAUCGGGAGAGGGACACUAUCACUUACCAAAUCCAUAGUGGAGACCCCCAUGGACACUUUGCACUAAAGGAGAAUUCAGGGUAUUUGGUUCUGGACAAGCCUCUGGACAGGGAGUCUCUGGAUUAUUACACCCUGGUGGUCACAGCCUCAGACGGACAGCCAGAUGGGACGUCCACAGCGAUGGUGAACAUUAUGGUCAUGGAUGUUAAUGACAAUGACCCACUGUUCGAUUCUUCACUGCCAGUGAACCUCACAGUCACAGAGGAGCAGGAUAAUGCCUUUGUCGGACAAGUUAAGGCUACGGACCCAGAUCUGGGCGCCAGCGGUGAGGUCCACUAUCGGCUCAUCAACCACCAGAAGCUGUUUUCCAUCAACGCCACCGGAGCCAUCAGAACCACGGUGCCGCUGGACAGGGAGGUGAAAGGUCACUACUUUCUGAUCGUUGAAGCCUGUGACGGUGCAGUGGACCCCCGGCGAUCCAGGUUAACUCUGUCCGUCACUGUUCUGGACGUUGACGACAACAGCCCGGUGUUCACCCAACAAACCUACAAUGUCAACCUUCCAGAGAACAGCCCCAAAGACUCAGUCAUAUUACAGUUAAAGGGCACCCCCGCAGGUCUAGUGCGAUAUAAAGUGGACCAGGAAGCGUAUCCAUACUCUGCCAGUAUAUUUGAUGUGGAUGAACACACAGGACAUGUGGUCACCAGAGUGAACCUCAAUGAGGAGCCCAACCUGAUGUUCAGUCUGGUGGUGGUGGCCUACGAUGAUGGCGAGCCUUCGAAGGAGAAUACAACCCUGGUGGAGAUCACAGUCCUUCAGCCGUCCGUCAUUCCUGUGUUCACCCAAGAAGAAUACAGGUUUCCACCAGUGAGCGAGGAGGCUGAUGUUGGAACCCCGGUGGGAGUCAUUGUGGCAGCUGCUGUCAAUCAAACCAUCGUGUACUCCAUCAUUGAAGGCAACGAGGGAGGUGUGUUCGCAUUAAACGAAACAACGGGAGUGAUUUCCACUGCCAAGCCUCUGGACUACGAGGCAAAUUCCAGCUACGUUCUAAAGGUAGAGGCCGACUCCAUGAGGGUGGUGUCCUCAAACCUCCGAGCUCCGUCGAAGACUAACACAGCGAAGGUGGUGAUCGACAUCCAGGAUGAAAACGACCACCCACCAGUUUUCACCACCUCUCUUUAUAUCGGGGGCGUUGCAGAAGAUGCCAAAACCUUCACCUCAGUCUUGCAAGUGCAGGCUCUGGACCAAGACACCGGUAACUACAGCGCAAUGAUUUACCGGCUGAUCAUCCCACCUCAGCCUGGUAAAGACACCAAAGACAGCAAAGACGGCUUUGUCAUCGAGCCGUACAGCGGCGUAGUGAAGACGGCAAUCAUGUACCGCAACAUGAGGAGGUCGUAUUUUAAGUUUGAGGUGGUCGCUACGGACAACUAUGGACAAGGACACAGCAGCAAGGCAGAGAUAGUGGUGUCAGUCGUGAACCAGCUGGACAUGCAGGUGGUCGUAUCAAACGUCCCUCCAACCUACGUGGAGAAAAACAAGAACAAGCUACUCAGCAUUUUGGAACGCUACGUCCAGGAUCAGAUACCAGGAGCAAAGGUUGUCGUGGAAACCAUCGGGCCCCAUCGCCAUGGUGAUGGAAUGGAGCAGGAGGACUACACCAAGUCAGACCUUAUGAUUUAUGCCAUCGACCCUCUGACAAAUAGAGCCGUAUCCAGACAGGAGCUCUACAAGUUUCUCGACGGUAAACUCUUGGACAUCAACAAAGAGUUCCAGCCCUUCCUCCCUCCAGGCGGACGGAUUCUGGAGAUCCGAACCCCGGAGGUGGUGACCAGCGUAAAGAAAGCUAUGCAAACCGUAGGCUACACAGAGGGGGCGCUGUUGGCUCUGGCAGUGAUUAUCAUCCUCUGUUGUGUCCCUGCAAUCUUAAUCGUUAUCAUCACCUACAGACAAUUCAAAGAACGCCAGGCAGAGUGUGCCAAGACAGCCCGAAUCCAGAUGGCACUGCCAACAGGCAAACCUGGAGGAGGCACUGCCAACAACCUGUACGAGGAGCUGGGUGACAACGCCAUGCGUGGAUAUGGACAACAGGAGCAGACACAACAACUUCUGCGACCUUCUCUGCUCAGACCUGAGGAGUUAUCAAUGGAAUCUGGCAUCGACCCCGGCCAGGACUACUACACACAGGAUUAUUACAACUAUGAUCAUGGGUACGACCUGCCUCAGUACGGCAGUCGCAGGAAGCUGAUCUCCCCCUCCGGCCUCUACGAUGAAUAUGGAGAAGUUGUCGUGGACGAUGAUGGCAGCUACUACUACAGCCCGCAGGAGUCUGACGCAGAGCAUGGCUGUAGAAAACAUCGGAUCAAGUUGGUGACGGAUCGAGAGUACGAGACCAGCUCCACUGGCGAGGACAGUCUGCCUGAAACCCAACGCAGCCGCUUAUCCUCGACCGUCAACAGCCACGCUAACGUUAACGGCAGCAUCUACAUGGCCCAGAACGGCUCCAUCAUCCGCACCCGGCGUUCAGGAAACGCCACAGUUCCCAUGCACCCGCACGCCACCACGAACAACAACCUCAAAGUCGCCUCCCCAAUCUUCAGCUCACGGCUAGCCAAGCACUUUAAAAAACUAGACAAAAUGGCCGCCACGUUGGAGGAGAGAGUACCUCUGAACAACCCCAGAACAGCAGCAGACAGCGGGUGCAACACGCUGCGCACCUUCCAAAGCUCGGGGGUGGCCGCGUCGGCAACGGCCACUUCCUCUUUGUCUAACACUGACAACAAUAAAACGCUGAACGUGUUCAUCACUCGACAAUCCAGCGUUUCUCUGGGGUCGACCAGCACCAGCAACACGGGCCCUGAAAGCGUAGCGUCUAAGUCCAACCUGCUCAAAGCGGCGCAGGGCGACGCUCAGCAGCAGCAGCAUCAGAGCACAGCGGAGGGAGACGAGUUGAGAGAAGGCGAGAGAGAGUCGAGAGUAGACGGCGGUAGCGAAGACGACGACGACGGACUCGUUAUGAGGGAGCCGCUGGAGUGCCCGAGCGACAGAACGCAGUCGGAUGAGGAGGAACUGUGGAUGGGCCCGUGGAACAACCUUCACAUACCCAUGACCAAACUCUGACACUGUGCUCGAUCCUUAUUGCCAAGAUCAUCCAAGCGUUCAGAUCUCUGUUGAUUAGCUGUGGAACUAGCGGGUUUGCUCCAAUCCAGUUUAAAAACGAAGACGCGGCGUCUCAUUGGUUAAUUGUCGAGUCCACUCGUUCAGACGUCUCUAUCUCGACGUCUCAGUCGUCCAAUCAGAGCAUCCCCUUGAACCCAACUGAUCUCAGAGCUGCAAAAAACCUUCGUGACCCAGAAUGAGAAAACUUGCUAUAUUUCUACUUUGCUAAGAGAUAAAAAAAAUGAACUGGAGGAAAAGUCUUUGAACUCUAUCGGCCCUUUAAGCGACUGGUGUCUCUGUGUGGAACUGCAGCUGUUUCAUUCAGUAUCGCAGCCGCUGGAGCGUCUUCAUCUUGAAUUUGCCUGAAACUUUUCAUCGACACAUGACGUCUUGUAUUGUUGAAACUUGCCUUUUUAUCCUUGUCAAGCUGCUUGGCAAAUUAAUCCAAAUAAAAGAAAAACUAUUUCAUCCAA